UAUUUUCGUUUAGCACCAACGUUAUCGUGUCGUUCAGAUAAAUUUCCUACGUUGAGGUUCGCAACAUCGAGGGCGUGAUGAGGAUUCUGUGGGCGUGCGUGUUUGCGGUCGUUGCUCUGUUCGCUGCUGGGUCGGACCAGGAAACAGUGGCAGAGGAACCUAGCGAGAGCAAGGCAGCCGGAUUUGCUGAGGGAGAAAUCAGAUCGCCGAAUGGACAAGAGAACAAUGAAGCACCAUUUCGACUAAAACCCGUCGACUGCGCGGAUCACUUGCUGAUGGGGAGCACGACCAGCGGAGUCUACGAGAUCUACCCCUUUUCGUGCUCAUGCAGCGAGCCCGUGAGGGUGUGGUGUGACAUGGAGACCGACGGCGGCGGAUGGACCGUCUUCAUGGCCAGGCAGAGGCAGACGCCCCAGGUGAACUUCAACCGGUCCUGGACGGAGUAUAGGACAGGCUUCGGCGACGCUGAAGGAGAGUUCUGGCUCGGGAACGAAAUGCUGCACAGGAUUACCUCGAGCAGAACGUAUUCUCUCCGUGUGGACUUCACUCUCACGAGACAGGGUCAGCAGUUUGCCGAGUGGGAAGAGUUCAGGCUUGACGAUGAGAGGAACAAAUACAAAAUUAAUCUAAAGGAAUAUUUACCAUGGAGUACAGCACAUACUAACUGUCUGACUUACAUGAAUAACCGGUAUUUUACUACAUACGACCGUGACUACGAUUUUCACGUAGGUAACUGCGCUGCCACAAUCGGCGGUGGUUGGUGGGUCAACAACUGUCGCUUCAUGCACUUAACUGGCGUCUACGAACAAGGCCUGAACACCAGCUGUACCGGCACCCGCGUUCAAAUCUCCCGCGCGCAGAUGAAGAUCCGACCCACCAUCUGCACCGAAGCUCUCAGGAGGAUUUCGCUCGAUAAUCGCCAAUGCGGGACGUGUGUGUAGGCUUUAGUUCGGUGCCGUAUGUCAUAGAAAUGGGGUUCUUCGAGUUUGAUCUGCCAAUUUUGAGUUCAGGGCGGUUUUGGCAUCUUUAGGUAUCGAAUGGUGAGAAAAUCAACCCUCUAAGUCUCGUUUUGGGGCAAAUCCAAAAUGGCCGCCAUCCCAGUAGGAAUCUCCACAACUCUUUGGUCAAUACUGAUAAUCUAGGUGUCUUUUAUAGAGCUGUCGAUGAUGCUGAGUUGAUUGGAACAUUUCCAAGGCAAUUCGAAAUCAAAGUCACCUGAUUCGAUCAAGAUCAAGGUCAAUUUGAGUCCUGAAUUGACUCUAAUUUGUAAUAUGGAUUAUGCUUCUUGAUGAAAAAAAUCCA